CACCACUAAAAGAGGAUGAUCCACCACCAGGUUUAAUGUGGAGUCUUAGAUUCGGGGAGACAUCUUUUCCUAAAAACCCCGUAGAUCUCCUCGAAGACAAGGAGAUUCAAGAACAACUUAAAGGGAUUAAGUUCAUAUAUGGAAUCAAUGAUAUUGAAGGCUAUAUGUUUGUACCUAUGAUGAUGGCAACAUUUUUUGCCGAGAAAACACUAGAAAACUGGAGAAAUGACAUGAGGAUGGUGCUGAUGAUGUCUAUAGACAUAGCCCCUCCAAGUGAAGACAAUAAAGCAUUAUAUGAUGGAGUUGUAGAUGCCCUGUUUGAUCACUACAUCAAAGCAUCUGACCCUACAGAGGAAGAUCUGAUCAUAGCAGCAGGGAGAAUUUGUGGAGGUCUAUUGCUGCAAGCUCCAGCACUGAGAACUGCAAAGAAAUUAAGAGAUAUAGGCGCAGAUGUAAAAUUUUAUGUGCUGAAUAAAGGGCCAAGUCACUUCAAGAAAUACAGGCCAAGCUAUAUAGAAACAGACCAUGGUGAUGAUCUUUUCUUCUGUUUUGGCUCAAGCCAUACUAACAACAGCCAAGAGCCAAUGUUCAGCAAUGUUACUUAUAACAAAGAGGAUCUUCGUAUGGAAGAAUUAUUUGUAAACUAUUGGCUCAACUUUGCAAAAACUGGUGACCCAAAUGGCCCUAACCUUCCUACCUGGCCUGCCAGCAGUACAGAUGGCAGAAACACAGCAAUAUCUCUAGAAUUAGAGCCUACUAUUAUAGCAGACUAUGGGAAAGAUGUCGCAAAACUAUUUGGUGAAACUAUUCCACAGAUUAUCAAGGACAAUACACCACAAGAGAAUACCAAAGAGGAGUUAUAAUAAUAUAUCUCUCCAAAACUUUAUUUGCUGGGUAAAAAUGGUACCAAUCAUUAUAUGACAUUACAAGUAUGUCUGUUUUAAAGUGGCUGUUGACAUAUUUAAAUUGUUUUAUAACAAAAGUUUUACAGUUGGAUGUGUUAACACAGGAUGUCUUGAUAACUCAUUUUUAUACAUGG